AUGCAGGCGCGCUACUCCGUCUCGAGCCCCAACUCUCUGGGCGUCGUGCCUUACAUUAGUAGCGACCAAAGCUACUACCGGGCCGCGGCCAGUGGAGGAUACACCGGGAUGCCGGCCCCUAUGAGUAUGUACUCUCACGCGGCCCACGACCAGUACCCGGCUAGCAUGGCACGAGCCUAUGGACCGUAUACCCCGCAGCCUCAGCCGAAGGAUAUGGUGAAACCCCCGUACAGUUACAUUGCGCUCAUUACUAUGGCUAUCCAGAACUCGCCUGACAAGAAGGUGACCCUGAACGGGAUUUAUCAGUUUAUCAUGGAAAGGUUCCCGUUCUACCGAGACAACAAACAGGGCUGGCAGAACAGCAUCAGGCACAAUCUCUCUCUCAAUGAGUGUUUUGUCAAAGUUCCCCGUGAUGACAAAAAGCCUGGUAAGGGGAGCUACUGGACCCUGGACCCGGACUCAUACAACAUGUUCGAGAACGGCAGCUUCUUGAGGAGGAGGCGACGGUUCAAGAAGAAAGACGCAAUGAAAGACAAGGAUGACCGGGGUACUAAGGAGACGCCGUCCAGACAGGGCCGGGACACGGAGCAGCCCGUGCAGGGAUCCCAGCCAGUCCGGAUCCAGGAUAUUAAGACCGAGAACGGGAACGCGACACCCCCACAGGCCGCCUCGCCCUCCCUGAGCACCGUGCCCAAAGUCGAGAGUCCCGACAGCAGCAGCAGCAUGUCCAGCAAUGGCAGCCCCCACAGCAUCCCGUCCAACAGGUCCAUCGGCAUGGAGAGCUCCGAGCAGCACCAGCACCACCACCAGCACAGCCAGGCCCAGGCACAGGGCUUCAGUGUGGACAACAUCAUGACUUCCCUCCGGGGGUCCCCACAGGGUGCCACAGAGCUCGCCCCGUCUCUCAUCGCCUCGUCCAGGACAGGUAUAACACCGUCUUUGUCCCUGAACUAUUCACCGAACCAGACGUCAGUCUAUAGCUCACCCUGUAACCAAAACUCUAUCUCCACUACCUCGAAUGCUAGCUACCAUUGUAAUAUGCAAGCCAUGAGUUUAUACGCCGGGGAUAGAUCUAGCCACCUAGCUCCGACUACCACCGUGGAUGAAACUUUGCCAGAUUACUCCAUCACGACCACCUCCUCCCCUCUGGCCCACGGCAAUCUAAACACUGGGCAGGAGGGCCACCAUCCCCACCAAGGGCGGCUUCCCUCAUGGUACCUCAACCAGGCCGGGGACCUGGGCCACCUCGGGGCGACCUACCCUGCACAGCAGCAGAACUUCCACUCCGUGCGCGAGAUGUUCGAAUCUCAAAGAAUUGGCUUGAAUAAUUCUCCAGUGAACGGGAAUAACAGCUGUCAAAUGUCAUUUCCCCCUAGCCAAUCCAUCUACCGCACUUCAGGAGCUUUCGUAUAUGACUGCAGCAAGUUCUGA